CAUAUAACCACAUUCUCGAUCAAUUCUUACAAAAAUAGCCACUAUGACAAAACUAGCCUUAAUUCUUUCUCUUUGCAUCAUUUUCACAACUUUCAUCUCUUCAUCUUACUCCAUUUCCUCUUGCAAUGGCCCAUGCAAAUCGUUAAACGAUUGCGAUGGGCAAUUAAUAUGCAUUAAAGGAAAAUGCAACGAUGAUCCUGACGUUGGAACCAGUAUUUGUGGAGGAGGAGGAAGUUCUCCUUCUCCUCCAUCUACUGGCUCAACGUCAGGUAUGCUAACCCUUAACGACUUUAGUGAAGGUGGAGAUGGGGGUGGUCCAUCAGAAUGUGACGAGAAAUAUCAUGAUAACAACGAAAGAGUAGUCGCGUUGACUACUAGAUGGUAUGAUAAUGGUUCAAGGUGUGGAAAAAUGAUACGUAUUCGAGCCAAUAAAAAUGGAAAGAGUGUAACGGCUAAGGUUGUGGAUGAAUGUGACACAAAAGAUGGUUGUAAAAAUAAUGUAGUGGAUGGUUCAAUUGCUGUGUGGAGAGCUUUGGGAUUGGAUACUAAUGAGGGAAGAGUUCCUAUUACAUGGUCCAUGGUCUAGGAGAUCAUAUAUCACUACUAAAAAAAUUUAUCGAUAGAUAAAAUUCUGUAGCUAAUCAGUAAAUUCAUCGUUGAUCUUAUUUAGUUAUGAAUAACUUAAUAAAGGAAAUUGUUGCUUGGUUCAUAUGGCCUAGGAGAUAAUAUAAUUAUUAUUACUCCCAUGUGGUUUAAUUAAUUUGUUAUGUGUGUUCGGUUGUGAUAUAGUAUUGAAUAAUUGUGUCAUUUUAUAUACACUAUGU